CCAGAGGAAGUUAAACCAACAUAAGAUAGUCUAAAAGGAGCAAAAAUGGGUGAAAGAACCUUGAAGGAGAUGGCAGCCCCAAAUACCGGAGAUGAUCCUCUCUGCAUUGUGUUUCCAGAGCUGGACAAACCCCUCAAACUGAAUUCAGGUUUCCUUAAUCUUCUUCCCAAAUAUUAUGGGAAAUCAGGUGAGAAUCCUCAUCGACAUUUAAAAGAGUUUAAGGUUGUUUGUUCUUCUAUGAAUGUUGAAGGAGUCGAACAGGAUCAUAUUAGAUUGCAUGCUUUUCCUUUUUCUUUGCAAGAUUUGGCUAAAGAUUGGUUGUAUGAUCUUCCUGCUGGAUCAAUUACGACUUGGAAUGGUAUGGCAUCAACUUUUCUAGGAAAGUACUUUCCAGCAAGUCUAAUUGGAUCCAUCAGGAAGGAGAUAUGUGGCAUUAGGCAGCAUGAUAAUGAGUCCUUGUAUGAGUAUUGGGAACGUUUUAAGAGAUUGUGUUCCUCAUGUCCCCAACAUCAGAUAAGUGACCAACUAUUAAUUCAGUACUUUUAUGAAGGCCUAUUGCCUACUGAUAGGGGUAUGAUAGAUGCUUCGAGUGGGGGGGCAUUAGUGGACAAAACACCAACCCAAGCUAGGGCUUUAAUUUCUAAUAUGGCUCAAAACACCCAACAACAUGGUACUAGAAAUGAUGUUAAAAGAGUAAAUGGAGUUGAUUUAAGUGGUAUUCAGAAUCAAUUACAAGAAAAUGCUCAACAAAUUGCUACCUUAACUACUCUCGUGUCUAAAAUUGUUGCUAGUAACGAUUCUAAAGCUAGAGUUUGUGGAAUUCGCUAUAAUGAGUCUCAUCCUACUGAUAAAUGUCCUGACUUGCAAUCUGAAGAUGUGAAUGCUAUAGGUGGUUAUUCUGGUCAAAGAAAAUAUGAUCCUUACUCACAAACUUAUAAUGAAGGUUGGAAAGACCACCCUAAUCUAAGGGUAUUGAUCGAGUAUCAAAAGAAAACUGACACGCGCCUUCAUCACAUAGACACUCAAAUAGGUCAGAUUUGCACUUCUUUAAGUAAUCUUGAAACUCAACUAUCAGGUAAACUUCCAUCACAAACAAUCCCUAAUCCCAAUGGUCAUGUUAAAGCUAUCACACUUAGGAGUGGUAAAGUGUUAACUGAACCUAAAAUGAGAAGUCGUGAAGUUGAAAAAGUGAUAGAAGUCAAUCCUGAAGUUAGAUCAGGGGAAAGAGUGGAAAGUGAGGGUACUGUGAAGGACAAUGAAAAAGAAAAUGAAGGGAAGAGUAAAACUGAAUCUGAUUCUGUUGUUUCUCGUUUUAAAGAAUUGCCUCCUUUCCCUUCUCGAUUUUCUAAAGCUAAGAAAGAUAGUCUUGACAAUGAAAUGCUAGAAACUUUUAGGAAAAUUGAAGUCAAUAUUCCCCUUCUUGAUGCAAUUAAACAAGUACCUCGUUAUGCAAAGUUUCUUAAGGAACUAUGUACUAACAAAAGACAGUUUCGUCCUUCUGAAAAGGUAAGCAUGGGGGAAAAUAUUUCAGCUAUUAUUCAAAAGAAGCUUCCCCCUAAGUGUAAGGACCAUGGCAUGUUUUGUAUUCCUUGCAAAAUUGGAGAUUCUAAGUUUGAGAGGUGUAUGCUAGAUUUAGGAGCCUCCAUAAAUGUUAUGCCGAAAUCUAUUUAUGAUACUUUAAAUGUGGGUUCUUUGUCUAAAACUGAUAUUGUUAUUCAGUUAGCUGAUAGAUCUAACGCAUUCCCAAUAGGAGUCUUAGAAGAUGUACUUGUCCAAGUGAAUGAAUUGGUUUUUCCUGCUGACUUUUAUGUUCUGGAUAUGGGUGAUAGAUGUGAUAGUGUUCCCUUGUUGUUAUGUAGACCAUUUCUGAAAACUUCUAAGACAAAAAUUGAUGUUCAUGAGGGUAACUUAACUAUGAAAUUUGAUGGAGAAAUUAUUAAGUUUAAUAUUUUUGAUGCUAUGAGAUACCCAAGUGAUAUCAAUAAUGUUAGUUCAAUAGAUACUUUUGAUGCUUUUGAUUGGAUGGCUCAGGAUGUAUUUGAUAAAGAAUGA